UUGCUCUUUGUGCAAUAAACCUCAGAGAAAAAAUUUUUAUUUAAGAAAUGUCAUUCAUGUUGUGCGGAAGCAUAAACGUUGUUUACUAAUAAGAAUUCAAGCGAAACUUAUUUUUAUAAAUUGUAUUUAUUUUGUAAUAUAUCUAAAAAAGAAUAAAUAAGGUGCUGGAAAGAAAAAAUAAUAAAUUGCAAAUGGAAGUGUUUCAAACAAAUAAUUAUUACAUUUUUGUGAAACGUGAAAAAAGUCUGUGGUGGAAUCGUACAACAUCGGAAUUUACACUAAAAGCUGGAUGGGACCUCUCAUCAGUUGACGACAUUGAGUGUAUUGGCAUAACGCAUGGAAUUAUUGGCGUAAUUAGUUUACCAAAUGUUUAUGAACCGCAUCUUGUGAUAGUAAAAGAGGCUUCACCUGUUGGUGUCUUAUUUCCACCACAUUUAGUUUACAAAAUAAAAUCCGUAUGUAUUUUAAGUGCGGAUGAACCUGAUGCCAUCUUAACAUCAUGCACACGACACUCAAAAAGCAACAAUUCAACACCAACACACACUUCCAAUACUUCUGGGACUUCUACGAAUACCAGUCAAAAUGCCACAUCCACAAGGUCAAAACUCUUCGAAGGAAAUCAACUUAUGAAUAAAACAUGGGGCGCUGUGAAAAGUGCUGGUAAUACAAUCAAAAAUACUACACAACAAGCAGCUGCGAUUGCAUCCAUACAAGUGAAAUCGUCUGUGGGAAUACGUGAUCCAUCGCGAAUUGAGAAGCGCAUUACAGAAGAAUUGCACAAAAUAUUCGAUGAAACGGACAGUUUUUAUUUUUGCUUUGAUAGUGAUAUUACCAAUAAUUUGCAACGCCACAGUGAAGAACAGCAGUACGAUGAACGUUUCUUCUGGAACAUGCACAUGAUUAAGGAUAUACUUGAACUCAAUGAUAAAACAUGGGUGCUACCAAUUAUACAAGGAUUUGUGCAAGUUGAACCUUGUGUCAUUGGCAAUGAAUGUUUCACAUUAGCAUUGGUAUCACGCAGAUCACGACAUCGUGCCGGUACAAGAUAUAAAAGACGAGGUGUUGACGAAAUAGGAAACUGUGCAAAUUAUGUUGAAACUGAACAAAUACUUUCAUUCCGACAUCAUCAAUUAUCAUUCACACAAAUACGUGGCUCGGUUCCUGUAUACUGGAGUCAACCCGGUUAUAAAUAUAGACCCCCACCGCGUUUAGACAAAGGUGAAAAAGAUACUCAAGAAGCGUUAGAAAAACAUUUUCAGAAAGAACUGUCAAUUUAUGGAGGUAUUUGCAUAGUCAAUUUAGUAGAGCAAACUGGUAAAGAGAAAUUGAUUGGUGAUGCUUAUGCAAAACAUGUGAUAGAUUUUAAUUGCGAUAAAUUAAUAUAUGUAACAUUCGAUUUUCACGAAUACUGUCGGGGUAUGCGUUUUGAAAACGUUUCAGCUUUGAUUGAAGCACUAGCACCGGAAGCUGGUGCUAUGGGUUUUCAUUGGCGUGAUCAACGUGGUGUGAUAUGUAAUCAAAAGUCUGUUUUUCGUGUUAAUUGUAUGGAUUGUUUGGAUCGUACGAAUGUAGUCCAAACAGCCUUAGGUAAAGCAGUAUUAGAGUCACAAUUAGUGAAGUUAGGUUUAGCGCCGCCAUAUACGCCUAUUCCAGAACAAUUAAAAACGCCUUUUAUGAUUCUAUGGGCAAAUAAUGGUGAUAUAAUCAGUAGACAGUAUGCGGGCACAAAUGCUUUAAAGGGUGAUUAUACACGUACUGGUGAACGGAAAAUUAGUGGGAUGAUGAAAGAUGGCAUGAAUUCAGCAAAUCGUUUCUUCAUACAAAACUUUGCUGAUUCAUUUCGACAAUGUACUAUCGAUCUUAUGCAUGGCAAGCUUAAUGACUCUACGGAAUUAAAAGAAGAUGAAAUCAUGAAAACUGUAAAAAAUAUUUUUUUUCAAACAUUACCAACCCCUUCAAGAGGUCAUUAUUACAUUGGGGUUCUCGGACCAGAAAUACUCUUAUUGGAAAACAUAUUUUUCUCAAGUUAUUACUUAGCACGCUUUAAGGACACAUACCGACAGGCUACUAUUGAUCUUAUGUUAGGUGGUCAAGUCACUUCAGAAUCUUUAAACGCUUUAGGGGGCCAAGCGGCCCCUGAUGACAAUGAUGCUUUGGAAGGCGCCGAACACGCAAAGUUGCUUGUGGAAGACUGCCGUAGAUUGUUAUUAGGUUCGGCGCAAUAUCCUGUUGGAGCUUGGGGAUUAAUUGAUGCAGAUCCAAGUACCGGCGAUAUCAAUGAAACAGAAGUCGAUAGUAUUUUAUUGUUAACCGAUGACUGCUAUAUUGUAGCAGAAUAUGAUUCACCUUUAGAUAAAAUAGUUCGCUUUGAGAAAGUACAGUUGGAAAAUGUAACAAUGUUGGAACUUGGCAUGUAUCAACAAACAAAAAUAUUUCAAGGAUCUGCUCCUGCAUUAUUGUGUUUACGAAUAAAUUAUACUAUCGAUGGUGCUAGUGGAUAUUUUCAUAUGUUCCGUUCGGCUAAUAUACGUUUUUUUAAUAAUACUGCUUAUAUUAUCAAAACACAAGAAGAAGUUGCGGAAUCUCUUAUGUCAAUUGUGGAUAUGUUUCGUAUCGCUUUGGAAAAUAUUGGUAAAAAUGAUGUUAGUUACAUUACUGGAGGUAUGCUACAAAAACGCAAGAGCAAAAACCCACUUCUAGAUGUGCCAAAGGGUAUGCCACGCAAUUUAUCUGAGUCACAACUUUUACAAAUAAGCUCCAAAGCUUUCUCCAAUGUAGCAGGACAAUUUUCUAAACUAGGACAGUCACUAAAUCCAAAUAAAAAUAGAAUAAAUAAAUCAAGUGCCAAUUCAGAAAAUAAUAUUAGUAAUGCAGCAGCUAAAAUAAAUCCACAAGUUAUGCGUCAGUCACAAAAUUCAAUAGAUAAAUGCAUUGAAGCCGAAAAGGCUACUUUUCAUUUGGGUCGUGAAUCACGCCAUUCUAACAGCAGUUCCGAAACAGAUGAUAAUGACAAUAGUAUAUAUGAACCUGAACUGGACUCUGAUGUUGAGCUUGCUGUAUCUGCAGUUGAUAAGACCACUUUUAGUGAAAAUGUAUUUUUGCCAUCUGUUGGAAUUGUGAUGGGUAAGAAAAAACCAAAAGACGACCAACAAUCACCUGGUUCGGAUGAAGUACAAUGUUUAGCAGAUAAAGAUAAUAUGGUGAAAAAUAUUGAAGAUGUUUUCUCAAUUUCUAUAUCGUCUGUAACGGAUCAUGUUACUAUGCCAACUGGAUUGUUGGAAAAUGCUCAGCCAGUUCGUCCCAUUACACCAAAUCCACAAAUUUGUGUACAAGAAGAAAAAUUGGAAAAAAAUACUGAUUCAGUUGAGCAAUCAAGAUCUUCAACUCCGAAGGAUUUAACUAUAACACCUGCAACUACUUUACAAACAGAUAAUAAUAAACUAAAACAACUAACUAGUCCGUUAUCCAAGCUAGCAAAGGGCAUGCAAAACAUAAGCUUAAAUUUAGAUCCUCGCAAAAUUUCGAAGAGUGGCGUAUUAUCCCCUACAGUUAAAUCACCUGAUGUAACACCUCCAGAAAGAAAUGUCAGUGGACGUGAUCAGCUCAUAGAACUUUGGGAACAACAUAAAUGCAAAACCAAAUUAAUAGCACUUUAAGACCCCAUAACAAAUAUGAGAAAAAUACGAAUAGCAUUAUUUAAAAUUAUAUUUAUUAUAUUUAAAAGUAUAAAUGGCAAUAUAUGUAUUAAUAUUAGCACUUUGCAGUAGUAAAUUCUGAAGUAUAUAUAUUAGACCACUGUUGAUCUUACACCAAUAUAACAAUUGUCAUAAAUAAGUACACAAUUAAUUACCAAAAAGAAUUGUAUACUAAAUUUUUGCAACGUUUGCUAAAGCAAAUUUAUAUGCGUAUGUAUUGUAGGGAAUUAGUUUUACG